GCGCGCGGGCGCAAAGAGGAGGAAAAGUGUGUUUACACAGACGGCCGAGAGCCUGGGGAAUAAUGCGCUAGAGGAAGUGAGCCGGCUCUCUGUCUGCGCGCUCCGACUUCCUGCUCUGUAGAAGAAAAAAAAACCCGGAUCCCCUUACAGUCUCGAGUCCCGCAGCUCAGACGGCAUCAGAAUGGAAAACCAGCGCAUUAUACGGAAUUCUCUUUAAAAACAUAUACAGAAGGAAAGCAGACGUCCAACACCAGGUCAUGGAGAGUGCCAUCACGUUGUGGCAGUUCCUGCUGCAGCUGUUAUUGGACCAGAGCCACAAGCACCUGAUCUGCUGGACUUCUGACGAUGGGGAGUUUAAACUGCUCAAGUCAGAAGAGGUGGCCAAGCUGUGGGGCCUGAGGAAGAACAAGACCAACAUGAACUAUGACAAGCUGAGCCGCGCCCUGCGUUACUACUAUGACAAGAACAUCAUCAAGAAGGUGAUUGGCCAGAAGUUUGUGUACAAAUUUGUGUCCUUUCCGGAGAUCCUGAAGAUGGAUCCUGCGGCGGUGGAGAUGGGUGUGCGGGGGUCUGAUGAGACUGGUGGGGCCCUGUCAGAGGGGGAGGGGGAUGAGGAGGGGAUGAGGGGCGGCCCCCCAGGGAGGAACGAGUACCUCCACUCAGGCCUCUACUCCUCCUUUACUGUCAGCUCCCUCCAGCAUCCCCAGGACCUCCUCCGGCCAAUCAAGGUGGAGCCUCGACAUGAUCACCAUGAUGACAGUGGCACAGUGAUUCGCUUUGUUCAGAACCGUAGCCAUAAGGACGGGGCACUGCCGGUGGUGUCGCUGCCUUCAUCCCCGCCCCCUUCCUCAAACGAGGGCUAUUAUUUGUCCAAACCUUCCCCAAGGCUAGCCUACUCCUCGUCCUGCUCCUCCUCCCCAUCACACAGCCCCACCCACGCACUCUGGAGGGCACGGAGCCCCGCCCCUGAGACUGAUGAAUCAGAGCAGAGUGCUCAACCCCUUAACCUAUCGUCUGGUCACAGAGACCGUGGCCAGGUCACACCCACGCCAGAGAAGCGGGGCUUAGCCAAUAGCGUCCCGCCAAAAACCAGGAAGCCAAAAGGCCUGGAGAUAUCUGCACCCUCCCUGCUCCUGACAGCCAAUGACAUCGGAUCUAUCGCCCUCAACAGUCCUGCGCUGCCCUCUGGGUCCCUAACACCAGCCUUCUUCACUGCACAGACUCCCUCAGGUCUCAUCCUCACCCCCAGUCCCCUGCUGUCCAGUAUCCAUUUCUGGAGCAGUCUGAGUCCCGGAGGAUCCCUGAGCCCCGCUCGCCUGCAGGGCCAUGGACCCCUGUUCCAGUUCCCCACCCUGCUGAAUGGGCCCAUCCCAGUCCCCUUGUCCAGCCUGGACACCUCCUCCCCCCUACUGCUCUCCCACAGCCCACACAAGUCCUGAUCUUCCUGGAGGACAGUACAUACUCUACUGGACUCUACUACCAACUGGACCAAAACAGGCUUAAAAUCAGGCCCGACCCGAACAAGUUCAAAUCCUGCACCCCGACACAGCAGGACUCGAGGCCAAAUCAGGUUAAGCCAGCAAAUAUCAGGACACUGCUGCAAACCUACUGGAUCAGCCUUCAACUGUGUCAAUAUCAUUGACUUGAAGAUACAUCUUCUUUAGUUUCGUUGAAACAGUUAUUUUUAAUUUUUUUUACUUACUCAUCUCAUCCAUCUUGAAAUUUUUUUUAGUUAUCCCAUAUUUAUCCUCUUCAGAAUGCUGUUCCAUGCAUUGUACUUUGUCUGGCGUAUGGUUAUAACGCUUUAUACGAGACAGGGCGUGGUUAUAACGCUUUAUAAGAGACAGGGCGUGGUUAUAACGCUUUAUAAGAGACAGGGCGUGGUUAUAACGCUUUAUAAGAGACAGGGCGUGGUUAUAACGCUUUAUAAGAGACAGGGCGUGGUUAUAACGCUUUAUAAGAGACAGGGCGUGGUUAUAAAGCUUUAUAUCAUUGUAUAGUGGUUGAUAUGUUCACAUGAGGCUGUGAACCUGGUUGUAUUGUUCUGGCUAAGUGUUUUUCUAUGGUUUUGUAUUGCAUUACACUAAGCAUUAUUACCUUGUACCGGCUGUGCCUUCUCAAACGUAAGAGUUAUGUAAAUGUUUUAUUUUCAAGCUUUUUUUUUCUUCUUUUUUUUAAUAGACGAAAUUCCAGUUCAAUAUUAAACAAAAGCUUAUUUGUAACAGCUUUGUUAUUUUUUUAUAAAGGAAUUGAUACAAAUGUAUUCUCAAUGAUUUGCUAUUUGUUUUGCUGUUUGAGAGUCAAGUAAAAAUGACUUUUUUUAAAUAAACAUGAAGCAUUGACUGCUAUACAACUCA